AUGCCAACCAGACUAACCAAGACUAGAAAGCACAGGGGUCACGUCUCAGCCGGUAAGGGUAGAGUCGGUAAGCACAGAAAGCAUCCCGGUGGUAGGGGUAUGGCUGGUGGUAUGCACCACCACAGAACCAACCUGGAUAAAUACCAUCCAGGUUACUUUGGUAAGGUUGGUAUGAGAUACUUCCAUAAGCAAAAGAACCACUUUUGGAGACCAGUUUUGAACUUAGACAAGUUGUGGUCUUUAGUUCCAGAGGAGAAGAGGGAUGAAUACUUGAACUCUGCUUCUAAAUCAGCAGCUCCAGUUAUCGACACUUUGGCAGCUGGUUACGGUAAGAUUUUGGGUAAGGGUAGAAUUCCAAACGUCCCAGUUAUCGUGAAGGCUAGAUUUGUCUCCAAGUUGGCCGAGGAGAAGAUCAAGGCUGCUGGUGGUGUCGUCGAAUUGAUUGCUUAA